AUGGUAGGUGCCCAGACCCCAGCAGGUGAAGGCAUGGUAGGCCCCAAGACCCCAGCAGGGAGGCAUGGUAGGAAGGGGAACCCCAGCAGGGCCGCCCAGACUAGGCGAGGCCCCCAGCAGCGAAGGUGCGCCCCUGGCGAGGGCAAGACUCCCCAGGGACGCCCAAGUCUCCGCGGAGGGUCGCCCAAGACUCCCGAGGGUUGCCCAAGACUCCAGCAGAGGGCCGCCCCAAGACUCCCGCGGAGGGCCGCCCAAGACUCCCGCGGAGGGCCGCCCAAGACUCCAGCAGAGGGCCGCCCAAGACUCCCGCGAAGGGCCGCCCAAGACUCCCGCGGAGGGCCGCCCAAGACUCCCGCGAAGGGCCGCCCAAGACUCCAGCGGAGGGCCGCCCAAGACUCCCGCGGAGGGCCGCCCAAGACUCCCGCGGAGGGCCGCCCAAGACUCCCGCGAAGGGCCGCCCAAGACUCCCGCAGAGGGCCGCCCAAGACUCCCGCGGAGGGCCGCCCAAGACUCCGCAGAGGGCCGCCCAAGACUCCCGCGGAGGGCCGCCCAAGACUCCAGCAGAGGGUCGCUCUCAGGCCGUUACAAACUGUUAUCGUCGUUAUAAGACUCAUUACUACCGUGGCUGCUGAAGGAUACUGCAGAAGUCCUUUUUUACCUUAUAAUUAA